AUUUUUUCGGAUUAUUCCAGUAUAACAGCAGGCAAAUCACAAUGGACUCUACUAGCUCCUCUCUCUUGGAUUUUCGCUUACCGGUGCUAGAUCACCUGCCCAUUCAGCAAUGUACCAGAGUGUCGGCCCCACAGAUUCCCGCCAUCAUCUCCUCGCGCCGAUACCGUACCGGGAGUUGGGGUACUGUUAGCCUGCCCGGCCGCCAUUGGUUGCUAAGGUCGGCUACGAGCUUUCCAUCGUCAGCCGAGAAUGUCUGGACCUGCCCGGAGGACGCCGCUUUCCGAUGCUUCGGGUCCCUCCUCAUCGACAACGAUGCCAAAAUCCCGCUGUUUACUUGCGCCCGUCAGACCUCCUUCAUCCCCAAGCAUUGACCUGCCGGUGCCACUGCAGAGCACUAU